UAAAGAAAAGUCUCUGCCUUCGCAUCUUGCUUCGACGGUUUGACCCCCAAUUUCAUCCAUCCUGCUCGCGACAUUGAUGGUAAUAGUUGGCUUUGCCGUCGACGACGAUGGGCCUCUGCACCUCUUCGAGCGCUGCCAGCCCCGCUGAACCCACUGCCGGCGGUAACAACGCUGCGGGGAAUAAGGAGAAGGGGAGGAAGGGCAACGGCGGCGCCAGGGGGAUCGUUGCGUGCGGUAAGCGAACGGACUUCGGUUACGACAAGGACUUCGAGGCGCGGUACGCGCUCGGCAAGCUGCUGGGACACGGCCAGUUCGGUUACACCUUUGCCGCCGUUGACCGCCACUCCGACGAGCGCGUCGCCGUCAAGCGCAUCGACAAGAACAAGAUGAUCCUUCCUGUUGCUGUUGAAGAUGUAAAGCGAGAAGUUAAAAUACUCAAGGCCUUAUAUGGGCAUGAAAAUGUUGUACAUUUUUACAAUGCAUUCGAGGAUGGUAAUUACGUGUACAUUGUUAUGGAAUUAUGUGAGGGUGGUGAGUUGCUUGACCGCAUAUUAGCCAAGAAAGAUAGCCGUUAUAGUGAAAAAGAUGCUGCAGUCGUUGUGCGGCAGAUGCUCAAGGUUGCUGCUGAGUGCCAUUUGCACGGUUUGGUUCACCGUGAUAUGAAACCUGAGAACUUCCUGUUCAAGUCAUCAAAGGAGGGCUCCUCCCUCAAGGCUACAGAUUUUGGCCUUUCAGACUUCAGAAGACCAGGGAAGCAAUUUCAUGACAUUGUUGGAAGUGCUUACUAUGUUGCGCCAGAAGUUCUCAAGCGUAAGUCAGGGCCAGAAUCUGACGUUUGGAGUAUUGGUGUUAUAACAUAUAUUUUGUUGUGCGGAAGGCGGCCUUUUUGGGACAAAACUGAAGAUGGAAUCUUUAAAGAGGUCUUGAAGAACAAACCAGACUUUGUUCGAAAGCCUUGGACAAAUAUUACUUCAAGUGCUAAAGAUUUUGUGCAGAAAUUACUAGUUAAGGAUCCCCGCGCAAGACUAACUGCUGCUCAGGCAUUGUCACAUGAAUGGGUGAGAGAAGGUGGAGAGGCAUCUGCAGUACCUCUGGACAUAUCAGUAUUGCAUAAUAUGCGACAGUUUGUUAAAUACAGUCGUUUCAAACAAUUUGCGUUGAGGGCAUUAGCAUCCACAUUAAAUUCGGAAGAACUGUCUGAUCUUCGUGACCAGUUCAAUGCCAUUGAUAUUGACAAGAGUGGAACGAUUAGCCUGGAAGAACUGAAGCAGGCUCUUGCGAAGGAUGUUCCAUGGAGAUUAAAGGGUCCUCGUGUUCUGGAGAUUGUUGAGGCGGUUGACAGUAACACAGAUGGAUUAGUUGAUUUUGAAGAGUUUGUUGCUGCCACACUACAUGUGCAUCAGCUAGUGGAACAUGAUACUGAGAAGUGGAAGUCAUUGUCUCAGGCUGCAUUUGAUAAAUUCGAUGUCGACGGUGAUGGCUAUAUCACAUCUGAUGAACUAAGAAUGAAUACAGGACUGAAGGGUUCAAUUGACCCCCUUCUGGAGGAAGCAGACAUUGACAAAGAUGGCAAAAUAAGCCUUGAUGAAUUUCGUAGGCUAUUGAAAACUGCAAGCAUGAGUUCACGCAACACGACUCCACGGCGCGUAUUGAAGUCAUAGUUUUUCGUAGCCCCCAUAUGCCCCACAUGUAAUUCGUAAGUGUUGCCAGAAAGGCGUCGUGAUGUAAAUUGGUAAACAUUGUGUCUGGAUUGGAAUACCAUGGGCAACUUUUUUUUCGAAUUUAUAAGAUUUGACAGAGAUUUGAACAAGUACUAGGAACUAAAGUUACUCCCUCCCUCCCAUAACAUAAGACAUUGUGCCAAGCUGUUUUAGCUUGUCAAAACGUUUUUAGUGCAUCUACAGUUGUGUUUCUUUCA